AUGGCUCCUAAACCAAAAAAGGAACUUAUAAAGAAGGAACUGAUGAGAAACCAAAAAGAUCGAUAUAUUAGUUUUCGGAAGAGAAGAAAUUGUUUGGAAAAAAAGGCCUUUGAAUUAUCCACGUUAUGUGAUGUUGAUGUUUGUAUAGUUGUUUACGGUCCCAAACCAAAGGAUCACAGUCCGAUUGACGAUCAGCAACCCUACAUGUGGCCUAAAGAUCUUAAUGCAAUUCGGCACAUGUUCACAUCAUACGAACAACAAUCUCAUGUAAAUCGGAAGAAGUGGACACUUGAUUUGUCCCACUUCUUGGAAGAAGACAAUCCCAACAAUAAGAAGGAGAAAACUGAUAAUCAUCAAAGUACUAGUGCUUCUUCAGUACUUGUAAAAGUGGAGGACAAGAAAAAUAAUGACGUUCAUGAUGAAGAGACCACCAAGAAUAUCAAGUACCCUAUUUGGGAUCAUCGGUUUAACAAUCUAUCCAAGGAACAAUUGAGAAACUUGGGUACUAAAUUGGAGGAAAAUCUUGAAGCCUUCAAAACUAGACUUCAAGAAUUGAAGUCUAAUCACCAAAACGAAAACUAUUCCGGUUAUUUCAUGCCGUCAUCGGAUCAUAUUAUUGACAACCCAAUUUCUUUCUUCAGUGAUCUUGCGUGCCCGUUCCGUUGGAUCUCUCAAUGCCUGCAAAUUCAAUGGCUUCUUCUUCUUCUGGUGGCAAUGUCACAAACACUACUCCAACUUUUUAUGAUCCAAAUUUGA